CUCUAACCGGGGUCCAGGCCCUUGGAUGGUGGUAAUAGGAAACACGGAAAAGGACUUCACACCAGAACUGGAAUCUGCAACAGCCCCUGAUCUGCCCGUCGGUGAAAGCUCAGGUCCCAGGACAUUCGCGAACGGCGAAUCAACCGAAGUACGGAAAGAUCGAAACAGUCACGACGGAAUCCGGUACAAGAUGCCGAAGAAGAUGGGCGUCAACAGCAAAGCCGAGGAGGCGCGUGCGCGCAAAAGCGCUGUGGAAACUGAGCGCAAGGAGCGGUUAGCCCAUGAGAAGGAAGAGCAGUACUGGCGCGAAGCGCAGGGCCCUAAGUCCAAAGCUGCUAAGAAGAAGGAGGAGGAAUCUGAGAAGCGCGCCGAGGCAGCUGCUCGCCGCGCUGAGGCCCGCCGGUUGGCUGAGUUGGAGGAGAAGGAGAUCGAUAAGUCGAUUAAGAAGCCGGACAAGAAGGCUAAUCGCGUUUCGGUUCCGGUACCGAAGGUGACAGAGGCAGAACUUCGUAGGCGGCGGGAAGAGGAGCAAGCGGAGCAAGCGAGGAAGGCAGAGGAGGCUAAAAAGAAGCAGACCAGGACUGCGGCUGAGGAGGAGUAUGAGAGGAUGGUCUUGGUGACGAAUACCAACCGGGAUGAUUCCGUAAUCGAGGCUAGGAGCGUUGAGGAGGCAAUUGUUCAGAUGACAGUUGCAGAUAAUCCGCCAGUGGAUCGGCAUCCAGAGAGGCGGCUCAAGGCCUCUUUUAAGGCAUUUGAAGAAGCUGAGCUUCCCAAAUUGAAGGAAGAGAAACCUGGUCUUACUCACACUCAAUACAAGGACAUGAUAUGGAAGCUAUGGAAGAAAUCUCCAGACAAUCCUCUAAAUCAGAUUGCUGAGUGAUCAUUGCUGCAACUCGUUUGUGCUUUAAGAGUAGGUGAUUUUACCUGUCAUGCUGCACAGAUGCAAGCCCAAGUGUAGUAAAGCAUUUAUGAUUUAUAAAACCUACAGAGCUUCUGGGCUACUGUAUGUUCCUUCAUGGUUAAAACUACAAAAAAAAAAAAAAAAAAAUUCUGAACGAAUAAUAAUGCUACCUAUUUAUGUCUUAUACCUAUUUAGAUCCGACAUCUCUUGUUGCAAUGUGACUCUGGACUUUUCCAGUUUCUGUCUCUUUUCCUUUUCCUGAAGCAUUGAAAUAUGAUUAAUGUACAGUCAAAGAAAUAGUACUUGGCAUGGUUUGUGCUUAUCAGUUUUGUUAAUUAUGAUUUUUUUUCUGCAAAUAUGUUAUCAGUUAUGGAUUUGUGUUUCUCUUCUUUCCUUGUGGACUCAUGAAGAGUAAUAAUGUGGGAUCUGGUUAUUGACUUGUAUCAUGUAAGGCAUGCAUUUGAAAUCGCCUCUAUUAUCUGAAGUUUGGAGUUACCUUAACUAGGAGGUGUUACUUGUUUAUGGAUACUGCUUUGAUAGAGGACACUGCCUUUUCUUUAUUUUUGUCAGAAAACACAUUGGCAAUUGAUGCAUCCUUCGAGAUUUCUGAAUGAUUGUGAAGAUCAAGGAAGCUUUUACUCUUGUUGGUCAUUUCUUAUUAUAGCUCAGUCCCCUUAACUGUAUUUUUGA